GACCCAGCCGGGACCCCUCCUCCUCCCGCCCGGCUGGAAGGAAGCGUCCUCCUCCUCCCGGGCUGGGCGCCUCCCCGGCAGCGCCCGGCCCGGCCCGGCCCGGCCCUGAAAAGCGGCGUCGGCGUUUCCCGGCGGAGGCGGUGCAGCGACGGACCUUGUCCCCCAGGGCCUCCUCUGACCAUGCAGGCCCGGGUGGCGUUCCUGGGCAAGGCGAGCGGCGGUGGCGGGCCCUGCGGGGGCUCCUCGGCCGCCCGCCGGGUUCGACUCCUCCUGCAGCAGGUGGCCGGGCUGCGGGGCGGCGGAUUCCGGGCCUCGCACGGCGGGACAGGCGGCCAAGGUGAUACUGUUAAUAUCGGAGACGUAUCCUACAAACUCAGAAAGCCCCAAAACCCAGAACUGAUCCCAGUGAACUACAUUUCAGAUUCCCUGGCUCAGUCUGUGAUCCAGCAUCUCAGAUGGAUCAUGCAGAAGGAUCUCCUGGGGCAAGAUGUUUUCCUGAUUGGACCUCCGGGACCGCUUCGGCGUUCGAUUGCCAUGCAAUACCUGGAACUGACCAAAAGAGAAGUGGAAUAUAUGGCCCUUUCCAGAGACACGACCGAAACCGAUCUCAAACAACGACGGGAGAUCCGAGCCGGCACUGCCUUCUACAUUGAUCAAUGCGCGGUCCGGGCCGCUACGGAAGGUCGGAUCCUGGUUCUGGAAGGCCUGGAGAAGGCGGAGCGGAACGUUCUGCCCGUCUUGAACAACUUGCUGGAGAACCGGGAAAUGCAGCUGGAGGACGGGCGGUUCCUGAUGUCGGCCGAGCGUUACGAUAAACUGCUGAAGGAGCACGACAAAGAAGAGCUGGACUCUUGGAGGAUUGUUAGAGUCAGUGAGAACUUCCGGGUGAUUGCCUUGGGGCUUCCAGUACCCCGAUAUGUGGGCAACCCACUAGACCCACCACUUCGAUCGAGGUUUCAGGCCAGAGAUGUUUAUUAUCUACCCUUCAAGGACCACCUUUCCCAGCUGUACUUUAUUGGAAAGAACGUGUCAACAGAAAGAAUCUCGCAGAUGUUGUCCUUUGCCACGACUCUCUGCACCCAAGAAUCGUCUUCGCUGGGCCUGCCCGAUUUCCCUCUAGACAGUUUGUCCUCUGCUGUGCAGAUUCUGAAUUCCUUUCCUAUGAUGUCAGUGCAACAUAUCCUCAACUGGCUUUAUCCGUAUCAUGUUUUGCUAGGAAAAGAAGGCCAGACAGCCGUUGAAGACACCCUGAAACGAUUUGAACUCCAGGAUUCCAGGACAUUUUCUGUCCCUACGAACGUUAUAAGCGUGACGAAGAGGGAGGGCGACCAGAGCUUGCAGGCUGACGUGACCAUCGCGAUAGCUGGAGAAGCUGUGACGUUCCAGGUCCCUGCUGGGGCUCAGCCCCCUGGCCCGAGUCCGGAGACCCAAGGCUUCGUCCGAACGUUCAGCCACGAACGGCUGCUGGCCGAGAUGAUGCAGUCUCACAUGGUUAAAGAUGUCUGCUUGAUCGGGCAGAAAGGUUGCGGCAAAACGGUUGUGGCUAAAGCCUUUGCGGCCCUGUUAGGAUAUCACAUAGAACCCAUCAUGCUGUAUCAGGAUAUGACAGCGCGAGACCUUCUGCAGCAAAGGUACACUCUGCCCAACGGGGACACCUCCUGGAGGCCUUCUCCUCUGGUCACCGCUGCUCUCCAGGGGAAGCUGGUAAUUCUGGAUGGCAUUCACCGGGUCAACCCAGGCACGCUAGCUGUCCUCCAAAGAUUGAUUCACGAUAGAGAGAUUACACUGUACGACGGUACCAGAUUAUUGAGGGAAGACAGAUACCGAAAGCUACAGGAAGAUCUUCAAAUCUCAGCUGAGGAGCUGCAGCAAAGGGCUAUUUUUCCCAUCCACCCCUCCUUCCGAGUGGUCGCCUUGGCAGAACCGCCUUCCGUUGGAAGUACCACGCAGCAGUGGUUGGGCCCAGAGCUUUUAACCCUAUUCUUUUUCCAUUAUAUGAAGCCGCUAAGCAAGAACGAAGAAAUUAAAGUUAUUAAAGAGAUGGUUCCAAAUGUAGCCCGGGCCUCGGCGGAGAAGCUGCUGAUGUUAACGCACAAGCUUCGCGAGACUAACGAUCCCACCGCACAGUCCCUGGCCUCCUCCUUAUCUACCCGCCAGCUCUUGAGGAUCUGCCGGCGUCUAUCUCACUAUCCAGACGAAAGCCUCCACCACGCUAUCAAUAAAGCUUGUCUUUCCAGGUUUUUACCCAACCUCGCCAAAUCUGCCUUACAUAAAAACCUGCUGGAUGCCGAGAUCGAAUCAAGCUCUGCCGAUAUCCAGAAAACGGAGGGACGAGACUAUAGCUGUGAAAUCAAGUCAGGAGUCCUCAGGAUUGGAAGUGUCCAAAUUCCGGUUUACAACCCCGACGAGAGCAUGAAAGUGCCUGACGUUCUUUUCUAUGAAAAUACUCAACAUAUGAUGGUGAUGGAAGACAUGUUAAAAGACUUUUUGCUCGGAGAGCAUCUUCUUUUAGUGGGCAACCAGGGUGUGGGGAAAAAUAAAGUGGUCGACAGAUUCCUCCAGCUGUUAAAUCGACCCAGAGAAUAUUUGCAGCUGCACAGGGACACCACCGUGCAGAGCCUGACGCUUCAGCCGUCCGUGAAAGAGGGCCUGAUUGUGUACGAGGACUCUCCACUCGUGAAAGCUGUCAAAAAGGGGCACAUCCUCAUGAUUGACGAGGCAGACAAGGCACCCACAAACGUCACCUGCAUUUUGAAAACUUUGGUGGAGAGCGGAGAGAUGAUUCUGUCCGACGGGAGACGCAUUGUUUCUAAUGCUGAUGCUGCAGAUGGGAGAAAAAAUGUCAUAGUAAUGCAUCCGGAUUUUAGGAUGGUUGUUUUAGCAAACAGGCCGGGAUUCCCUUUCUUGGGAAAUGACUUUUUUGGAACACUUGGAGACAUAUUUAGCUGUCAUGCAGUUGAUAACCCAAAACCAAACUCAGAACUAGCCAUGCUUCGACAGUACGGGCCCGAUGUCCCAGACUCAGUUCUCCAGAAACUGGUAGCAGCUUUUGGAGAGCUGCGAAGUUUGGCCGACCAAGGAAUUAUCAAUUAUCCUUACUCAACUCGAGAAGUCGUGAACAUUGUCAAGCAUUUACAGGUAGUGUAUGACUGUUCCUAAUACUGGACUGUUCACUAAUCAAUUAUUAUUUGACUUUAAAGGCUAUUUUUAACCUUUGGAAAGCCUGGCGUGUUUCAGAAGAUGUUUCUAAGGAUGCUUUCGCCUUUGAUGUCACCAAAUCUUAAAGAAACGUGUCCUCAUUGAGAUAGAAGCAGGGACUCUUUUUGUGUCCUUCCUCGUUCAAUUAAUUAUGAAUGGCUUAAUUCAGUGGUUCUCAACCUGUGGGUCGGGACCCCAUUUGGGGUCGAACGACCAUUUCACGGGGGUCGCCAAACAAGGCUGUCCGCCAUUUUUUCCCCCUUUUCUUUGGCCACGCCCCUGGCACCCGGUGAUGUAUAAGUGGUUGGGGGUCACCACAACAUGGGGAACUGUAUUGUGGGGUCGCCGCAUUAGAAAGUUUGAGAACCACUGGCUUAAUUUCUGAUUUUUUGGAUCGGUGUGAAUCCAAGCUGUGUCAUGUUCCUUUUGUUGGGUUGUGGGUUGCUCCAACACUGGAGUUUUUAAACAAGCGUUUGGACAACCAUUUCUCCGAAACGGUGUAGGGUUGAUCAGGGGGUGGGUGGGACUAGAAGACCUCCAAAGUCCCUUCCAGCUCUCUUAUUCUCUUACUCCCUUCCUGUAAGUGAAAAGAGUAGAAUUCUUCCCGAUAUGGUUGCAUUGUUUUGUGCCCUGAAAAAUCCCAUACAAUUCAAAGAGAGUCUUCUCUUCAUCCUGUUUGGUUGCCUGUGUUGUUAAAAAGAAAAAGAUUUAGCCUCUAAACCCCUCGUCUAACUUGAUUCCUCAUCCUUGCUCUCUUUCUGGUUCCUCAGUAUCUUUAUUUCACUGAGGUGUGACACAGUAUUUCAGGUGUAGUUGGUCAGUGGGACCAGUAGAACAUAGAGCAAAUGGUGUGGGAGUACCGUGGCGCGUGAGUUCCUCAUCGUUGUCCUGCUCCUGACUAAUUGAUCAAUUAAACCAGCAUUUCUCGACCGUAGCGAUUUUAAGAUGUGGAGAGUUCAACUCCUUGAAGUCCCAAGCCAGCAUGGCUUGCUGGAGAAAUCGGAAACUUGAAGUCUAGGCAUCUUAAAAUUGCCAACUUUAAGAAAUACUGAAUUAAAAGCCAUCUGCCAAGUGUCUUAACCUGUAGGAGAAGGAGUGGCAGAACCCGGGGCUGGAGUUAAAAGAGGGAUCAACCUAGAAUCCCUAAGUAGUCACAAGUGAACUAAAGUCCAACUCUCUUUGAGUGCCCUUGCCUCUUAUCUAGCUUUAACCAGGUGCUGAUCAUUAGUUGAGAAGGCAGGACAAGAAGCAACGGAUGGAAACUAAGCAAGGAGAGAAGCAACCUAGAACUAAGGAGUAACUUCCUGACAGUUAGAAGAAUUAACCAGUGGAACAACCUGCCUC